UGUUCGGCGGCGGGAAACGUCAUCGUUUGUUUUCUAGUGUAUGGUAGUGUUGUUAUUAUGCCGCGCGCAGCGAAAGUGGAUGCAGUUAUAAUUGUAAUAGAUGUUGGACACUUUGACUCCAAGCAUGUUAUACAGAAACGCAGUGAUUUUUUACAGAAGGCAAAACUAUGUGUUCAAAGAAUUGUGGAGAGGAGGAUAUUUACCAAUGGAAAAGAUGAAAUUGGGUUGAUUGUACUUGGUUCUGACAAGACGCAGAAUCCACUUGAUUAUGCAAAUGUGAGUGUGGUAUUUCCUCUUGCACUGCCUACAUGGCAGAUGAUAUCCUUUGUGGAGAAAUCUUUACAUGAAAGUGAAAUAAAAACAGACUGGAUACAUGGUGUUGCUGUUGGCAUGCAAGUCUUGAAAGAUGAACUAGA